AUGGUCUCCAAGGUAGGAUGUAACUUGGAAUCGCUGGAAACCCUGGACGGCAAAGGCUAGACCAGACCCGAAUUCUCUCCUUCUGUACCAAAGGGAGUCGCCGCCGCCUGGUCUCUUAACCGCCUCGGUUCCAGAAAGCUGACUCUGAUCUGGAUUACAUUCAGUACAGGCUGGAAUACGAAAUCAAGAGUAAUCAUCCUGAUUCAGCAGAGAACCACUAACCACGAAUCGUCCGGAUUACGGUUUCUCAGACCAACAGUAGCCAAAUCGCCGAGUGUAGUUGAAAACGCGGAUUUCCUGCGCUCCACCCUUGAAGCUGAGUCUGAAAACCUGGGGGGGUGGCUGCUGAGUCCGCGUUAUCCACAAGCAUUCCAGGUGGUUCAAACUUCGGCGCGCAAGUUUGAGAAGCGGCACUGCCCCACCCCAAGGGGCGGGGCGGGGCGGGGCGGGGCGGGGCGUAACGCCCAACUCCGCGCGGAUCGCGCUAGCCUGCGGCCGUAG